UGUCAUUCGAGUGUCACUAGCCCGGAGGCCCAUAUUCAGAUAGACAAGCAUGCUCAAAACUUCCCCGCGCGAAGUGAAAGUUGGUGGCUCCCUAUGAACUGUAUGUGGUGCGUACACUACGCUUCGUCUGUGUAUUUAGUCUGUGGUCUGUACCGUUGUUUGCUGCACUGUCUUUUGCAAAGGGCACGAGUGUCUGAAACGAUGUAAGGAGAAACCACAACACCCUUAAUUUUCUAACUGUGGACAAAGGGACAGUAGCCAUCAAAUCGGUCACGUAGAUUUUACCUCUUCGCAGGGUGGACUGGUUGCGAAAGAAGUGACCGCGAUCCUGAGAAGUUGAGCCAGCUAUGGAGACUGGGGGUGUGGAACUGGACCGCAUCACUCCACUUGUCUUCCUGUCCUUCCUGCAGCAGGAUUGUAAGAAUGACGAGCUCACUAAACAGUUGGAUACCUUGGGACAGGAGUUGAAACUGACCAGGAGGGACAUGAACUGCAAUGGCUUCGACCAAGACGCCGAAGAGGAUGGGGAGCUGCAGACAGACGGGCACUUCUUCUGCAAACCCAGAGACCUGGUCGCACACCUGGAGCCCAGUGUCGAGGUGGCCCGGCCAGUGAACCCUGCCAAUGAGGCGGUCCUGAGGAACGUGGCGGCAGAGCUGAUCGAGAUAGCGGACCAGAUGGAGAACAGGGUGGUCUCCCGUGCUGCUGAUAACCUCAUGCGCAAGCUGCAGAGCUCUCCCCCGCAGGACUGGAAGAGGCACCUGUCAGCGGAGGUGCAGUCGGUGCUGGGGCAGGGCCUGGGGUCCGGGCUGGAGCAGCUGCCCCAGGAGCGCGUGGUGCUGGCCCUCACCAUGAUGCUGGUGAAGGGGGUGUGCGAGCGCGUCCCCCGCCUGCUCCAGGAGCUCUUCAGCACCGCCCUGCAGUACAUGGGCUCCGCCCUGUCCAGGUGACUCGCGCAGGUGCACUCACCUCUGUGCCUCUGUAUCAGCGAGCUACAAAAUGGAGUCCUGUGUGGCAUUACGUUUCAGUCUGAUGGAUUCGCUUUGAAGCAUACAGAAAAUGUGGUGUUCCACAAGGCAAUUGACUGCUCAACAGCAAUUUUUGUAUUAAAAACAAGGCAAAAGAUUGGCACAAACAAUUCUGUAAGGGAUGAGUAUUUGCUCUGUUAUUGCUUCCAACUGCCCAAACAUCUCUUUUGCAGGUCACUGAGUGUGUGCAUUCUUUGUAUGCCUGUUGUAUUUUUAUUUUUAGCAACACUGAGCAUUUACUUUGUGAGAAGACUUUAGAAACCUUGCCACUGCUUAACUGCCAAUCUGAGUGAACUAUUUAGAUUUUUAUAUCAGACUGAAAUUUUCAUUCUUAACUAAAGAUUUGUACUUUCCAGCUAGUGUUACAGUAGGAGCUCUUUUAGCUCUUUGUUUUCAUAUGAUAAACUAUUGUAAAAAGU